AGUUCAAAAUUAAAUUUUGCCCGUUACAGAUUCCUCAAAAAAAAAAAUAUAAAUAAAAAAAAACCAAAUCCGCAAAAAAUUAAAUUUAUCACGAACGAAAAAAAAAUAAAGAAUGCGAAUAAUUUUAGAAGAACAUCCCCAUUUAUUGGAUCCAUCAGAACUUCUUCGUCCGGAACCGCUUUUUGCUGACAAAGAAUUAUCCAAAUUCCGUGAUUAUUCGGUGGAUGAAAAUGAUCCGAUAAAAGAGCGUGUUCGCCGGACUUACCGCCUCAUGCAUAAAAAUCAAACGGUGGACUUUGUGAAGAGUCGACAUGAUGAAUGGCUCUCAUUUGAUCAUUGGGAAGGCACAAUUCGCGAAGGUCUCGAAAAACUCAAUGAACUCGUCGACGAAUCCGAUCCCGAUAUCGACUUACCGAACAUAAUCCAUGCAUUCCAAGCGGCAGAACGUGCACGAGACGAAUUUCCCGAAUUAGAUUGGCUCCAUUUGACAGCUUUAAUUCACGAUUUGGGCAAAAUUAUGGCAUUUUACGGCGAGGAACAAUGGUCUGUGGUAGGAGAUACAUUCCCGGUUGGUUGCUUGUGGUCCGACAACAUCGUGUACCGGAACGAUAGCUUCGAUGGCAACGACGACGGAGAAAAUCCAAAAUAUAAUACAAAAUACGGGAUGUACGAGCCAAACUGCGGCAUACAAAAUUUAAUUAUGUCUUGGGGUCACGACGAAUACAUGUACAGAGUUUUAAAGCACAAUAAAUCAACGUUGCCAGAUAUCGCCUGCAACAUUAUACGUUAUCACUCCUUCUAUCCGUGGCAUUCGUCGGGCGACUACCAGCACUUUUCCGCACCUGAGGACGAAGAAAUUAAAAAAUGGGUGUUGAUUUUUAAUCGCUACGACUUGUACACGAAGAGUGCAAAGGUGCCAAAUAUUGAUGAACUAUGGCCUUAUUAUCAAAGUUUAAUUGACAAAUAUUGUCCGGGAAUCAUCAAAUUUUAAAAACACACACAACUCUCUCGUGUGUUAUUUAAUACUGUUGACUAUAUUUAAGCUUUUUUAACUUUAUGGACUACGACGACAUGUUCGGGUGAUGUUAUUAAUGUGUAAAAUUAAAUAAAAUAAAAUAAAAUGAAGACUUGAACAAACAUUAAUUUUGUUGGAAAAUUAAAACAAUGCAGAGCUAAAUUAAAAAUUUGAUCUCUGAAGAGAAUUUUGGGGACGACUAUUUUUUUGUGUGUUUGUUUUCUAUCUCUCGAUGGGUUUUCAGUUCAUUCAUUCAUUAAAUUGAAUUUUGGAUUUGAAGUUUUUUUUGGUGUGUGUG